UCUUCAAUAGUAGAUGCGUUUUAAGAAGUGUAUUUUUUGUCCCGUUCCCCAAAUCUCCCGCAUUUUUCUCGGUUAUGGAAAAGGGCUCCGCCGCCGCCAGAAAACCGCCCCUCCCUCCCCGUCGUCAAAGAAUUGAUGAGAAGCCCUCCGCCGCCGCCGCCGCCGGAAAACCUCCCCUCCCUCCCCGUCGUCAAAGAGUGGAUGAGAAGGGUUCCGCCGCCGCCAGCAAACCGCCCCUCCCUCCCCGUCGUCAAAGAAUCGAUGAGAAGGCCUCCGCCGCCGCCAGCAAACCGCCCCUCCCUCUCCGUCGUAAAAGAGUGGAUGACAAGUCCAGCAAAUCGCCGCUUCCUCCCCGUCAAAGGUCAAAUCGGCCUUGCCUUGCUCAUCAUAUAAUUUCUCAUUAUCUCUUGUUUUUUUCGGGCAGAAAAUCGGGCGAUACAUCAAAUCGUAGUUGGGUUGCCGAUCAGCUGCGGUGUGAGGAUAAUUAUAUCAAAGCCAUAUCUAAUAUCUGUGUAUCAAUGGUAAAGAGAGCGUACAAUCUGCCAGCAGACUUGCCUGAUGAUUUUAGUGUUGAUUUAACUCAAUACUUGAUAACCAAGGUUCAAACUAUUGAGCAUGAUGAUCAUGAUCAGGCUGCCUUAUCCUUGCUAAAGGAUGGUCAUUGCCGUGUAAUGUUUCCCUUGUAUCGCCACCUAGCACUAUUUCUCCUGGCUCUGUGCCAGGUCGACGGAAGUUUGUGGCCUGAUAUUUUGGCUUAUCAUCACAUUCAAUAUAUUACAAUGAAGCUUCGGUCAUCCAUCAAGCAACCUGAUGCUGACGAUGCUAGCCCCUCAAAGAAACUCAAGGGAUCAUAGAUUUUGAUCAAAUAUGUUAUUUUCUUGUGGCUAUUAUGUUGACAAUGUUAUCUUCUAUUAGGUUCCUGCUCAUCUUCUGUAUUUUGAUUGUCUAUUACUACUUUGUAUGGUGGUGCAUUUUCUAUCUAUAUAUGAUCGUCCUUUAAUUCUUGAA